AUGUCUCAUGCCCCGGAGCCGACACCAGGACCCUCCAAGAAGCGCCCUCUAUCACAAGUAACCCACUCUGAUGACCACACGGAAGCACCUCAGAAGGUCUCGAAAAUUCACCCAUUUUUCUCGAAACCUCAAGAGAAGAAAGCCGAAUUCAAAUGGCUUGAAUCGCUAGGUCCCGCUCGAUCCUGUCUUCAUGGAAUCAACCUUCAACCGCGGGCAUCUACUAAAGUUGCUGUACUCGAUUUAGACGGAACAGUCAUCAAGUCAGAGUUCGGCACCAAGAGUGCUAACGGCAAGCCCAGCUUCGAAUGGUGGCGAUCGUGCGUGCCAGAUAAACUGAAGGAGUUACAUGAAUCAGGUUACGCGAUAUUGCUUGUUUCGAAUCAAGGUAUCAAGCCCGGUGCCCUUAAAACAUGGAAGGAAAAGAUUCCCCUCAUAGGUCAAGCAUUGAAUACAGUACCUUUUCGAAUAUUGGCCGCCAUCCAGAAAGACAGGUUCAGAAAACCAAUGCCUGGGAUGUGGUAUGAAAUUGAGCGGGUAUUUAAAGAAGAAAAUGUGGAGAUUGAUAAAUCUUCCUCAUUCUUCGUUGGCGAUGCUGCUGGACGGCAAUAUGGGAAGGGCAAGGCAGAUUUCUCCAGCACAGAUCGCAAAUGGGCAGAGAAUGUCGGUGUAAAGUUUUAUACGCCAGAAGUAUGCUUUACCCUCAGCAAAGCCGGAGACGGAGCUCACGGGUUUUAG